AUGCCUCGCCGUGCUGCAUCUCCCGCAGAGUCGGAGAAUGAGUUCGAUAUCACAAGCGCCCUCUUCGAACACGACAGCGAUUCCGAUGAUUGCGCAAAGCCCCCCAAGAAGAAAACCCAGAAGCCCGAUACCAGCGCAGACCUUGACUUUUUAGGCGAAGAUGACGGUGAUGCAGCGUUCAUUGCGAACCACCAGGCAUCUGCCAAUCGAAAGGGUGCAAAUCUCAAGGGCCGCACCGUGAAGAAGGGAGGUGGCUUCCAGGCAAUGGGUCUCAGCGCGACCCUGCUGAAAGCCAUCACUCGCAAAGGCUUUUCCGUACCUACUCCGAUUCAGCGAAAGACCAUUCCUGUGAUCAUGGAUGACAAGGAUGUGGUUGGUAUGGCUCGAACUGGUUCCGGAAAGACUGCGUCGUUCGUUAUUCCUAUGAUCGAGAAGUUGAAGAGCCACAGCACCACAUUCGGCGCACGUGCUCUUAUCAUGUCUCCAUCGCGUGAAUUGGCUUUGCAAACUAUGAAGGUCGUCAAGGAGAUGGGCAAAGGAACAAACCUGACAACAGUACUUUUGAUUGGUGGUGAUAGUUUGGAAGACCAGUUCGGCAUGAUGGCGAACAACCCUGAUAUCGUUAUCGCAACACCCGGUCGAUUCCUACACUUGAAGGUUGAGAUGGACAUGGAUCUCUCUAGCAUUAAGUAUGUUGUUUUCGAUGAGGCCGAUCGACUGUUUGAGAUGGGUUUCGCCGCACAGUUGACCGAGAUUUUGCACGGCCUUCCUUCAACUCGCCAGACUCUUCUCUUUUCCGCUACAUUGCCCAAGUCGCUCGUUGAAUUUGCACGCGCUGGUCUACAGGAGCCCAGUUUGAUUCGUCUGGAUACGGAAAACAAGGUCUCACCCGACCUACAGAAUGCUUUCUUUGCUGUCAAGUCAUCAGACAAAGAGGGUGCUCUCUUACAUAUUUUGCACGACAUUAUCAAGAUGCCCACUGGCGAGACAGAUAUCGGCGCAAGACUACGCCAAGAAGCCGAGAAUCCCAUGAGGAAACGCAAGAGAUCGGAUGUCCGCCUCCCAAGCGGUUUCAAGGAAUCCCCUACCAAGCACUCAACAAUCGUUUUUGCUGCAACCAAGCACCACGUCGAUUACCUUUAUUCACUCCUCGUCGAGGCAGGCUUUGCCACCUCUUAUGCUUACGGUUCCCUGGAUCAGACCGCUCGUAAUCAACACGUUCAAAACUUCCGAUCCGGUAUCUCCAACAUCCUGGUUGUCACCGAUGUGGCCGCCAGAGGUAUCGAUAUUCCUGUUCUUGCCAAUGUCAUCAACUACGAUUUCCCCUCACAGCCCAAGAUUUUCAUUCACCGCGUUGGUCGUACUGCUCGUGCUGGCCAAAAGGGUUGGAGUUACAGUCUUGUCCGCGACAAGGACGCACCUUAUCUCUUGGACCUUCAGCUGUUUUUGGGACGCAGGCUGGUUCUCGGUCGCCAAUAUGGCACUGAACUCAACUUUGCGGAGGAUGUUGUUGUGGGCACCUUGGCAAGAGAACCCAUUUCUCGCGCCUGUGAAUGGGUGCAGAAGGUUCUUGACGAUGAUGUAGAUAUCCUCGGACAAAAGCAAGUCUCCCAAAAGGGAGAGAAGCUUUACCUCCGCACCCGCAAUUCGGCCUCUGCCGAAAGUGCAAAACGGUCAAAGGAGGUCGUUUCUUCUAAUCACUGGGCUGAGAUUCACCCGCUCUUCAACGACGCAGCUAGUGAGAGAGAAGUUGAGCGAGAGAGUAUGCUCGCUCGCAUUGGUGGCUACCGGCCACAAGAGACAAUCUUCGAGGCAAACAACCGACGAGGCGGCAAAGUGGCGGAUAAUGAGGCCGUUGACACCAUUCGACGACUCCGCACCAGUGUCGAGAACAAGAGAAAACGGGCGGAUGCUAAAGCAGAGGCCGAGGCAUUGGCACUUGGUAUGCCCGCUACCGCCGAGGACGGUUACAACGAAGAAGACGAGGAUAUUCCCGAGCAAGUUGGGGAGAACAUGUCAGAGGCAUCCGACGAUGAGCUCGAGGUUACCUUCUCUUCCUACAACGCAAGCAAAUCCAAGCAAGGAGAAAAGAAAGAUGCAGCUGCAGCAUUCCAGAACCCCGACUAUUUCAUGGGCUACACACCUCAGCACACCGACAUGGCCGAGGACAAAGCCUACGGUGUGCACUCCGGCACCAACUCGAACUUCGCCAGCGACUCCCGCAGCGCGACCAUGGAUCUCAACGGCGAUGAAGGCAAGCGUGGCUUCGGCGAAGCACGGUCCGUUAUGCGUUGGGACAAGCGACACAAGAAAUACGUUGCGCGCCAGAACGACGAGGACGGCUCCAAGGGCAGCCGACUUGUACGCGGUGAGAGUGGUGCCAAGAUCGCCGCCAGUUUCCGCAGCGGUCGCUUCCAGGCUUGGAAGAAGGGCAAGCGCGUGGAGCGGAUGCCUCGUGUUGGCGAGGCCGAGACUCCUGCCAUGAACAACGUCAACUCGCGCAUGGCCAGUGGACGAUUCCGCCACACUCAAGACCGGGCGCCUAAACAGGCGGAUCCUCUGCGCCGCGACUACGACCGGAUGAAGAAGAAGAACGAGGCAGCACGUGAACGCCAGCAUGAGAAGCUGGGUGGUGCGGCAUACGGCGGCAAGAGCGAGCUUCGGUCUACGGAGGACAUUCGUAAGGCACGCAAGCAGCAACAACAGCGUCGCGAUAAGAAUGCUCGGCCAUCGAGGAAACGCUGA